AAGAUGUGGAGGCGGCGUCAGUCACACAACUUUCUUUAAAAGUUACAUACGUGUAAUCCCAUUGGAAAACACGUAUCAGGUGGCUAAAAUGAACGGAAAAAUAAUCUUGCUUUUUACGGCAGUCUUGGCUUGCGGUAAUGCAAGUCCUUAUUCCAAGAUCUCGGAGAAUGAUUUCUUAAAGACAGGACAAUCGUUUGCAGUAUCAAAAUCUUUCGCUCAUAGCUCAGGCAAUGGAGAUUAUAGCCAGAGCAACAGUUAUGCCUCUGGCUCUGCAGCUGCAUCAGCUAAUGCAUAUGCUGGAAAUAAUGCCAAUGUUCAAACCGGAUAUGCUGGAAAUAACGUCAACGAACAAAUAGGAUAUACUGGUGACAAUAGAGUCAAUGCUUCUGGAUCUGGAGAUGAGUAUUGGUGGAUGGCAGAACAUGGUCCAUUCGAAGGACAUCCAGGACAUAAACAAUCUGCUGAUGCAUCUAUUGAAUUGAAAGGUGGUGCUGCUUAUGCUUCUAAAAAUCCUUUCCUUGCUGGAUCCAAUGUUAUCACUUCCCAAGGAAGUUUCCAACAAUCUGGAUCAUCUCAAGGAACUUAUAAUGCUGGAUCAGCUCAAGCCUCUGGCAAUCCAUUCUUGAAUACUCAAUCUCUUGGUGCCAGUUCAACUUCAUUCAGCUCUGCUAACGCUGGUGCAUCAUCAACUAGAACACCUACAUCAUACACCACCCACAUUUCACAAGGAUCGAAUCGACCACAGUCGACGAAUGCCUUUUUGGACCAAUCAGCCAGUCAGCAGCAUGUUGGAAGUGGAUUCACAGUCAGUUGCAGUGGUCAGGGAAAAAUUUGUGUUGCCAGUCACUUGUGUAUCAACGGAUAUGUAAGCAACAGUGUUAAGGGGCUUUCGCAAAUCCGUUCAGACGACCAACAGUGUGAUAUCGAUCGUGAAGUAUGUUGCACAUUGAGUGCUCGUUCCAAUGUUGAUCAAGGAUCCGCAAGCAAUGUUGACCGUCAAUUUACUUCCUUCUCUAACUCUCAAGACUAUCAAGGAAAUUCACAAAUUAUUACUUCUUUCAACCGAGGAACUUCUGGUGGUCUUUUCGGAAAUAAUAAUAAUAAUAACGACAAUCAAAAAGAUUUGAGUACUGGUCAAAAACCUGUUCGUGUUGAAAAUAUCAAUGGAUACCUUCCACCAUCAACACAGAUUCCAAGUGACAGUAGCGUAGUUAACGUUGUAGCAACUACUACUACUACUACUCUUCCUCCUCCAAUUUUACCUCCCAAACUACCCGAUCCUGAAAUCAUUCCUCAACCAUCAGGACCUAUUCCAACCCAUGUUCAACUUGGUUGUGCUGCUGCUUUACUUUGCGUUGAAGAACAAUUCUGUGGAAUGGAUGGAGUUAUCAGUGAAACGCCAAUUACUCUCACUGAAGAACAACUUCUUCGACGUGUUCCAAUGACUGAUUGCAAAAAUCCAGACACUGGAAUAGUCGGAAAAUGCUGUCGUGAUCCUAACUACGUUGAUCCCUGGCCAACAGGCAACUUGCCAGCAAAUUACUCUGGUGGAUUCGAUGAACAAGGAUUCCCAACCUACCUCAAUAUCCAGAAGACUCGUCCAACAAAAAAACCCGCCACCAAUACUCCAACUAAAGGUGGAAGAUACCCAACAAAAGCUCCUCAACGACCAAACUAUCCAACCCAAAUCACAGUUGGCCCUACCCAAAAUUAUAACCAAUACUCCACUGCAGCAACCUUCCAACCAACUGGCACAGUUUACAAUGGAGGCUAUCAAUACUCAACUGCAAGUCCAGUCCGUCCAACCACUGGAGUUUAUAACGGCGGUUAUCAAUACUCAACUGCAAGUCCAAUUCGUCCAACCACCACUUUUGCACCAUCAAUCCCAAUAAAUAAAUCUCCAGCUCCCAGUGAUAAUCAGUACCAAUAUUUCCCUAAUACACCUAAGACUCCUGUUCGCCCUCGACCACCCGUCAACAAUUUUGAUCAAUCUCCAACUAAUGCAAACCCUAUUGCAAUUCCCUCUCGAGCUCCAGGAAGUCAAUGUGGCGUUAAGAAUUCAGUUCAACGACCAAGUGGUUUGAAUGAUGUUGAGGUUGCCUUUGGUGAAAUUCCUUGGGAGGCAAUGAUCCUUUCGAAUCAAGAAAAAAAACUUCUCUGUUCUGGUGCAAUUGUCGCUCCAAAUGUUGUCCUUACUGCUGCUCGUUGUGUUGAUGGAUAUCAAGCUCAAGACGUGUCUAUCAAAGCAGGAGAAUGGAAAUUAGGAUAUGAAUUGAAACAUGAAGAACCACUGCCAUUUGAAAUUGUCCAAGUUUCUCAAAUCGUCCAACACCCCGGCUAUUUACCAGGCAGUCAAGCAUACGACCUUGCAAUUCUUUUCUUGGAACAUGCAGUACACUUUGAUCAACACGUUGGAACAAUUUGUUUAAGACAUGAUACUCAGCCAGUUCUUCCGGGAAGUCGAUGCAUCUCUACUGGAUGGGGAAAACAUAUUUUGCAAUCUCAUUUAGCUGGUGCGAUAAUGCACUCAAUUGAUAUUGAUAUUUUGGAUAAAGGAGAAUGUCAAGAGCGAUUACUUAAUGCUGAAACCCCAUUACAAGUUGAUGAAUCCUUAGUUUGCACCAAGGCUUCACAACAAAGAAACAACAUGUGUCAGGUAGAUUUAGGUGGCCCAUUGGCUUGUGACCGAGGUGAUGGUGUAUAUGAGCUCAUCGGUGUUUAUAAUCAAGAUACCGGAUGUCUACCAACAAACCAAGUAGCCACAUUUGCUCUCAUUGAUGUUGCUUGGGUUGAAUUCACGAUGAACAAUCCACCUAAAAUUCGAGAACAAUCUUACACACCUACACAACAAACACAACAGCCAAUACAACCUUAUUAUUAUGGACAAAAUCAACCUUGCAAUUGCCAACAAAGUAAUUUACCCCCACAAAAUAAUCAAUAUCUACCUCCUGUGUAAAAAGGGCUGACUGAAUUUCUGUAAAACAUUUCAAAUUUAUUACACGUUAAGAAUAGUAAUAUAGAAAUAAAUCAAUAGAUGAUAGACAAUUAUUAUUAUUAUUUUAAAUAUGUCGCAGUAAAAAAUUGAGCGCUUUAUUAUUGUUAGUAUUUAAUAAGAAUAGAAGAUGAAAUAUACAUAUAUAAAUACUGACUGUUACUUCUAAUUGUCAAAAGCUAUUUUUUGUUUAAAAAAAAUAAAAUAAGACAUAAAAAUGCGCAGAUUGAU